UCGAUUUCAUUCCCCGACUGGAUCGCGGAGUGUUAGGUAAUUUUUUUCGCUGGUGCGAUUGUUGAGAAAAGCGUAAUAGUGCAGAAAAAAAUCUUCCAGCUAAGAAGGCUGAAGAUCUGCUUCCGAAGUGCAAGUAAUUAAUUUUCAUCCAAUAAUUUGACUACCAAAAUGGUCAACUACGCGCGGUUUUUGAACGUGCAGGCGAAGCGCGCCGCUCUGUACGCUGUCGAUGCUCAGCAGCGUCAGUUCCACGCUUCUUGCGUUACUGCUGCAAAAGUUGCUUUGUCCAAGUUCGACCAGGAUGUUUACUUGCCGUAUGAGAAGCUGCAGAAAAACGUCGAAGUGGUCAAGAAGCGCUUGGGUCGUCCCCUGACGCUCAGCGAGAAGAUUCUGUACGGUCACCUGGAUGAUCCGGCUAACCAGGACAUUCAGCGUGGUACCUCGUAUCUGAGACUGCGUCCCGAUCGUGUGGCUAUGCAGGAUGCUACCGCGCAGAUGGCCAUGUUGCAGUUCAUUUCAUCCGGUCUGCCGAAAGUUGCCGUACCAUCGACUAUCCACUGUGACCAUUUGAUUGAGGCUCAGGUCGGUGGUGAGAAGGAUUUGGCCCGAGCCAAAGAUUUGAAUGCUGAAGUGUACAAGUUUUUGGCUACUGCCGGAGCCAAGUACGGAGUCGGUUUCUGGAAACCGGGAUCCGGAAUUAUUCAUCAAAUUAUUCUUGAGAACUACGCUUUCCCGGGAUUGCUGAUGAUUGGAACUGACUCGCACACCCCGAACGGUGGUGGACUGGGUGGCCUGUGCAUUGGUGUCGGUGGAGCUGAUGCUGUUGACGUGAUGGCUAACAUCCCGUGGGAACUGAAAUGUCCAAAUGUCAUCGGUGUCCAUUUGACCGGAAAGAUCAGUGGAUGGACGUCACCGAAGGAUGUCAUUCUGAAGGUCGCCGAUAUCCUGACCGUCAAGGGCGGUACCGGUGCUAUCAUUGAGUACCAUGGAAAGGGUGUUGAAUCGAUUUCCUGCACUGGAAUGGCCACUAUCUGUAAUAUGGGUGCUGAAAUUGGUGCCACUACAUCGGUCUUUCCCUUCAACAGUCGCAUGGUGGAUUAUCUAGGAGCGACGGGCCGUGCUUCGAUUGCCAGCGAAGCAAAGAAAUUCGAAAAAUCGGUUCUAUCCGCCGAUGCUGGAGCCAAAUACGAUGAACUAAUCGAAAUCAAUCUUGAUCAAUUGGAACCGCACGUUAAUGGUCCGUUCACUCCGGAUCUGGCCCAUCCGAUCAGCAAGCUGGGGGCCAAUGCCAAGAAGAACGGAUACCCGGUGGACAUUCGCGUCGGUCUGAUUGGUUCCUGUACUAACUCUUCCUACGAGGACAUGGGUCGGUGCGCUUCCAUUGCCAAAAAUGCGAUGAAGCACGGUCUGAAAUCGAAAAUUCCAUUCAACGUCACACCCGGAUCGGAACAGAUUCGGGCCACUAUCGAGCGAGAUGGAAUCGCAAAGGUAUUCAAGGAGUUCGGAGGAACCGUACUGGCGAACGCUUGCGGUCCCUGCAUCGGACAGUGGGAUCGUAAGGAUGUGAAAAAGGGCGAUAAGAAUACCAUCGUGACAUCGUACAAUCGUAACUUCACCGGUCGUAACGACGCCAAUCCGGCUACUCACUGUUUCGUGACAAGUCCUGAACUGGUGACGGCUCUGUCGAUUGCUGGUCGGUUGGACUUCAACCCGUUGACCGACGAACUGACCGGAAACGAUGGCAAAAAGUUCAAAUUGGAUGCUCCGUUCGGUGAUGAGUUGCCCCAGAAAGGAUUCGACCCAGGCAUGGACACCUACGAAGCACCUCCAUCGGAUGGCACAUCGGUUCGCGUUGACGUUGACCCCAAAAGCCAACGGUUGCAGCUAUUGGAACCGUUCGAUACCUGGGACGGUAAAGAUCUGACCGAUUUGACGGUGCUGAUCAAGGUCAAGGGUAAAUGCACCACCGAUCACAUCUCCGCCGCUGGUCCCUGGUUGAAGUACCGUGGCCAUCUGGACAAUAUCUCCAACAACAUGUUCAUUGGUGCCACAAACAUUGAAAACAACGAAAUGAACAAAAUCAAGAAUCAAGUGUCGGGAGAGUGGGCCGGUGUACCGGAUGUGGCUCGCUUCUACAAAGCCAAGGGCAUUCGCUGGGUUGCCAUCGGUGACGAAAAUUACGGCGAGGGAUCGUCUCGCGAACAUGCCGCUUUGGAACCACGCCAUCUCGGUGGUCGGGCCAUCAUCACCAAAUCAUUCGCUCGUAUCCACGAAACGAACCUGAAAAAGCAGGGUCUGCUUCCGCUUACUUUUGCCAAUCCAGCCGAUUACGAUAAGAUCCAACCACACUCCAAGAUUUCGCUGCUCGGUUUGAACAACCUGGCCCCUGGUAAACAGGUUGACUGCGAAAUUAAAACCGACGGCAAAGUGGACAAAAUCAAGUUGAACCACUCAUUCAAUGAGCAACAAAUCGCUUGGUUCAAGGCUGGAAGUGCGCUGAAUCGCAUGAAGCAGCUGGCGAAAAACUAAACAUCUAGUUUUUUUUUUCUUCUACUAACCGAGUCCCCGAGUCUUGAGCGUUUACAGUUGUUGGGGUCAGUUCAUACUGCAUGGGUACACAGCAACCCAGUUGAAGGGAAAUCAUGUUGGAUACUUAUUCUCUAUGGUACUCUAUAAGAACCUGCUGAAAGAGGCAAAGUUGAGUCGAAUCUACUUAAAAGUAACCCUCCCAUCACUAGAAGUCAACUUUUACGUUAUCUGUAGUGUGAUUUUUUUUUAUUUGUAAAUAGAUUAUGUCCAACAUGCAUGCAAGUGAAGAUACAGAAAACCUCAUUUGUAGGUCAACACAAAACAUACAAUUUAGAUGUUCUAAUAUAACUACUGAAUGAUACUUUAUAACCAAAUAUUAAUUAAAUUUUGAAACAAAA